AGAAGAUAAUGCGAUCAUUUCAAAUUGAUUUUACAUAAAAUUAGAGUUUACUUAGGUGUGCACCACUUACUUGUCCCAUUCCAAUUUCAUAAUGAAACCUUAAAGUCAUCAAACAACAAACCACGACGCAACACCCAAAUAUGAGUUGAGUAGAAUACAAGUCUCUUAAUCCGACGCAAACACCUUCCGAUUUUUUGACAGCUCCCCCCCUCCUGCACCUUCCUCCUCCGUCUUCUUCCUCCUCCUCCUCCUCCUUAAUAUCUCCAUCUCCAUUCCUCCUCCUCCUCCUCCUCUUCCCUCCUUAAACCCCCUCAACCCACCCACCACUUUAUACGCGCACCUCCACUAAUUUCACGAAAUACACCCCCGCAAUAAAUAUCGAACUCCUUGACACCCACCCCACCAAUGACUUCCUCUAAAUUCCCCGAUCCACCACCACCCACUCCCUACGAACCCCUCCCCUCCUACCCACCUCAACCACCCCACCAACCCCCUCAAUACAUUAUCCUCCUCCCUCAUUACUACCGUACCCCUCGUCAAUUCCUCCGCCGUCCUUCCCGUCGAUACCUCAUCCCCGCCGCCGUACUCCUCCUCCUCGCCGCCACACUCUUCUUUCUAUGGCCUUCCGACCCCGAACUCUCCAUCGCCCGUCUCCAUCUCCGUCGCCUCAAAAUCCACUCAUUCCCCAAAAUAUCCUUCGAUAUUACCCUUGACGUCACUGCUAAGAUACGUAAUAAAGAUUUUUAUUCCGUCAACUUUCGUUCGGUUGUGGUUUCGGUAGGGUACAGGGGUAAGCAGCUGGGGUACGUUGUAUCUGAUUAUGGUCGGAUUAAGGCUAGGGCUUCUUCCUAUGUCAAUGCCACGCUUGAGCUGAAAGAUGUUAGCAUUUUCUCUGAUAUGAUUCCGUUGAUUGAGGAUUUGGCCAGGGGUUCUAUUACUUUUGAUACUGUUACGGAGAUUGGUGGUGAGCUUGGCUUGGGCCUCUUUGAUAUUCCUAUAAAGGGAAAAGUGUCGUGUGAAAUUGUUGUGGACACACGCAAUGAAACGAUUUCUCAUCAGAACUGCUACCCUGAGUGACUCCGUUCGUGAUGUGAAUUGUGAAAUAUGGAAAUGGAUAGAGGGCCACUAUCCAACUCUGCUCGAGGCCGUCUUGUAAAUGCUCUAUGGUCGUUCAAAUUAUUCAUGUUAUGCAUUUGGUUACGUUUCAACGGUUUUGAAUAUUUUGUGGACUCCCCAUUAGUGUAAUUAUAUGAAGGCUUUUCGUGUUUGUGGGGAACCAACGUUCACACGCCUGACUUCUUUCUUCUGUACUAGCAUUUACCAUUGUUCUAGGAACACCAUGGUGUAAUAUAACGAUAUAUGGUUUUAUCACGUACGGAUAAUUUCAAUCUCUGUUUCAUAUUCA